AUGAUGUUAUGGUUGGUGGUGGGCGCCCUCUUCCCCGCGCUGCUCCUGGCUGCGCCGCCCCCCAUAAACAAGCUCGCCCUCUUCCCGGACAAGAGCGCUUGGUGUGAGGCGAAGAACAUCACCCAGAUCGUGGGGCACAGCGGCUGCGAGUCCAAGUCCAUCCAGAACAGGGCCUGCCUGGGGCAGUGUUUCAGCUACAGCGUCCCCAACACCUUCCCUCAGUCCACGGAGUCCCUGGUUCACUGCGACUCCUGCAUGCCAGCCCAGUCCAUGUGGGAAAUCGUGAGUAACUGCAGCUGCCAGGCCUGCGGGAAGGAGCCGAGCCACGAGGGAGCCCUCUUCAACGUCUACCUGAACGCGGAGGAGAACAUGCCUGCUGAAGGUCCCAGCCCCCACCACUACGCCCACCCCAGCCCAGUCCAUGAACCCCCCCCCUCCAGCCACCACCACCACGAGGAGGAGGGCGACGAGUGA